CAUCGCUAACUUCCGCCUGUGUAAACCAGUCAGAUAAUCCUUUCUGAACAAGCAAGCUUCUGUGACCCUUGCACAUGUGGGAGUACAGUGAAAUACAGCGCACACUGUCGAUAAAGCAAAAACAACAACAAUAUUUAACUCCACUUUUCGUGCAGAUUGGCCAUGAAAAAGAAACGUAUAAUUGAGGAGGCGACGGUUGAGAUUAAUCCGUCAGAAUCGACCGGAGGCAUGAAGGAGGAGGAAAAUGACGGACCUUCUGAAUUGAAAAAGAGCAAAGCGGAGGAUGUGACGUACCACCCGGUGAAGCUGUCCAGAAGCGAUCUGUACAGACCUCCAACAGCUGAGGAGCUCCACCACCUGAAAGAGGCAGAUAGCUUAUUUCACUGUAGUUUGCUCAAAAUGCAGAUGGAGGAGCUGCUGAAAGAAGUUGCCUUGAGUGAACGCAGGAAACGGCAAAUUGACUCUUUUAUUCAGACUGUCACCACACUUCUAAAGUCUGUACCUCAUUCUCCAGAGGUGGAGGUAAAUGACCUGUCAUGGCUGUCUGGUGCUGUGAAGGUUCCAAUCCUUCUGCUCCCAAAAACACAAAAGGGCAAAUUCCACAUGGCACCUCCCGCUUCUAUUGAUGUAAUUGGAAGUUAUCCUUUGGGUACCUGCACCAAGCCACAUGUUGUGGUGGACCUGGCUGUCACAAUCCCUACUGAUAUCCUCCACGGCAAAGAUUUUUUAAACCAGCGUUAUCCUAGGAAAAGAGCUCUCUACUUGGCUGGUCUGGCACAGUAUCUGGCAACCUCCUCAGACAUUGGAGCUAUGUCCUAUUCGUGCCUUCAUGGGAAUCGUCUUCGUCCCAUUCUACUGCUGAAACCUCAAGGUAAAGACUCGUCUCCCUUCACGAUCCGACUUCAUGCUUGUCCACCUCCUGGGUUUUUCAAGCCCAGUCGUUUCCGCCCUCAGAUGAAUAACAUAAGGACAAGCUGGUACACCGGGGUGAAUAAUGCAGAGACUGAGAUUAAUGAACCGCCAACUCCACAUUACAAUAGCUCCCUUCUAGGGGAUUUGUUGCCCAGGGCUCACUUACAGUUUCUGUCUGCUGUGAGCGCUCAGUGCUCUGCUUUUCCUGAGGGAGUGGCUUUGCUCAAAGUCUGGCUCCGUCAACGAGAACUUGACCAGGGCACUGGGUCUUUCAAUGGCUUUCUGGCCUCUAUGCUUUUGGCAUUCCUUCUGACUACACACAGAAUCAGCAACACCAUGACUUCCUAUCAGUUACUGCGAAACAGCCUAAACUUUUUGGCAUCCACAGACCUGACCAUGAAUGGAAUCAGCUUAGCCAAAGAUCCUGACUCAACUGCACCACCACUGGCAGACUUUCAUAGUGUUUUCCAGGUUGUGUUCAUUGACCCAUCUGGACACCUCAACAUGUGUGCUGACAUGACUGCGUGCACCUACAAGAAGCUGCAGCAUGAGGCAUCGUUUUCCAUGCAGUUCUGGGAUGACCCAACGGUGGAUGGCUUCCACAGUCUCCUCAUGACCCCUAAACCGAUGAUGAGGACCAGUGACCAUGUCUUCCAAUUGUGUGAGCUUGUCAAACUGCAGUCCAGCUGUAAGAAGCUGAACCUCCUCAAUGAGCUGAUGGACCAGAGUGGAAACUAUGUGCACACGGCACUUCCCUUUAUCCUGUCGCUGCUUCAGAAAGGACUUGGCCAGAGGAUCAGCCUCCUCACUCACUCUCUUUCCCCUGAACCCGAGUGGUCUUUGGAAAGUGAUCCCCCAAAGCACAAAUCCCAGCCUCCUCUCUCCUUUGGAUUGUUGUUCCAACCUGAGCUGGCAACCUCUGUCUUGGAAAGAGGACCUCCAGCGGACAGCCCCAAGGCGGCUGAGUUCCGGAAGCUGUGGGGUGAGCGCUCUGAGCUGCGUCGUUUUCAGGAUGGUGCCAUCACUGAGGCCGUCCUGUGGGAAGGAGAAACCAUGUGCCAGAAACGACUGGUACCCCAACAGAUCAUUACACACAUACUCUUGCUGCAUGCAGACAUCCCACAGUCCUGUGUGCGUUAUGUGGGGGCCGUUGUUGAUGAUGUCAUCAAGAUAAAAAGACAGGGGCCAGGUACUGGUGAGGAGGAAAGUUUGCAUGUGGUUCAAUCCUUUGAUGACCUAAGUCGAAAACUUUGGAAACUGGAAGGUCUCCCUCUCUCUAUUACAUCAGUGCAAGGAGCUCACCCGGCACUCAGAUACACACAGGUUUUCCCUCCUGUGCCACUGAAGUUUGACUACUCCUUCUUUGACAAAGAAAGAGCUUUUCAGUCAUUGGUGCCAAAGGAGGAUAAACCCUGCCCUGUAUAUGUCAGCCCUAUCACAGUGAUCUGUCAGAUGGAGGGGAGUGGAAAGUGGCCUCAUGAUCAUCUUGCCAUCCGCCACAUCAAAGCUGCCUUCCACAUCCGCCUGGCAGAGUUACUGAAGAUGCAGCAUAACUAUACAUGCAGACCCUAUGCCACGCACAUCGAUGUCUGGAAGGACGGCUUGGCAUUCCGCAUCGAGGUGGCAUACUAUCGGGAACCCCAAGUGUUGAGGGAGAAUGUGAAUGCUGAUGGCCUGCUAGUUGUCAGGGACAAUGAGGAGGCUCGGAGCUUGGAGAUGAGGACCAUACACAAGCCUCUAAUCACCAGCACACUGCAUGGGCUCCAACAGCAGCACCCAUGUUUUGGGGCAGUGUGUCGCCUGGCCAAACGUUGGCUGGGAGCACAGCUCUUCAGUGACGACAUCACAGAGGAGACGGCGGACCUCCUUGUGGCAUCCCUUUUCCUGCACUCUUCACCCUUUACCCCUCCUGGUUCUCCUCAGGUGGGCUUCCUUCGCUUCCUUCAUCUGCUGUCCUCCUUUGACUGGAGGAACAACCCGCUGGUCGUCAACCUCAACAAGCAGCUCACAGCGGCUGACUACACAGAGAUCAAGAAUGACUUCAUGGCCUCCAGGGAGUCUCUGCCUGUCAUGUUUAUAGCAACGCCUAAAGACACAAAAAUGUCUCUGUGGACAAAGCGAGCACCUACUGUCCAGAUGCUACAGCGUGUGAUGGUGGUGGCUGCUGAGAGUCUUAAAGUUCUGGAACAUCAGCUGAUGGAUGGUGGUCAGAUACAAGAUGUCAGGGUGGUCAUGCGUCCUCCUCUCGAUGCCUACGAUGUGCUGAUCUACCUGAACCCCAAGCAGGUCCCCCUGCUCGGGCAGGCAGUAGACCAUCCUCUAGUCAACUUCGGCAGGGGUCUGCUCCCCGGUGGUGCAGCUCACUCGGGUGGGAUGAUGCCCGUUAUUGACUACAACCCUGUGACCCUCUACCUAGCAGAGCUGCGGGAUGCGUUUGGAGACCUGGCCCUCUUCUUCUGUGAUCCUUAUGGAGGAAGCGUGAUCGCUGUUUUAUGGAAGCCAAAGGCAUUCGCCUCACUACCCUUUAAGACAUCCCAGAUGUCAGCCAGGAGUGUGGCGGUAACUGAUGACGAAGUAAAAACGGUUCCCAAUGUGGAAGCGAUACUGGAAGACUUCAGUAUCAUUGGAAAGGACUUGGUAAAAUCAGUGGAGGCCAGGACUGAAAGAUGGUCAUUUUAGUCCAAUAAAUUCACUCCAUUUUAGUGUUUGACCUUUCCUCAAAUGUAUUGAUGCAUACGUUGUUAGCUUUUCAAAACGCAACAAAAAAGUUGGAAUGAAUAAUGUUUUUAUAUAAACAUGACCAGGAGCUCAUCAUGUCUAAUAAAUAUGUCUAAUGUCAUUACCAUAUAUAGACUGGAUCACUGGCGCUGUUUUUUUUUUAUUUCAGCUGUAGGGCAUCAGGUAGGGGGAAAAUUUCACCAGAAAUCGGUCUU